GAAGUGUUGACCUUCCACGUAGCUGAUUUCGGUGUGGGGACGCUCUACUCGGACGAUUCGCAUUGCUCGUUGGAACUCAUGUGUAGUUACCAUUUGUUCGCCGUGCGGGUUUUUGGCGUGAUAUUUGUAUGUUAAAAGUAGAUGAUUGAGGUGUGAAAUAGAACUAAAAGAUAUUAAAAAAUGAAAAACUUUAUCCUAUUUAUACUACUGGCCUUGCCAGCCACUCUUCUCACAGUUAAUAACGGACCUCUAUUGGCUUAUGGUCAAGAAGAUGAGAUCGUCGACGACACGGUUGAAAUUGAAGGUGAUGAUGGCUCUGUGGUACCAGAUGAUGAGAUAGAAGAGGAUACUACAAAGGCAUCAGCUGAUGCUGAAACUGUAAUACUCUUCACAAAGCCUGUCAUCUCUUCUGCUGCAAAUCUAGAACUACCUGCUGGGGUAUUAGUCGAGUUCUUAGUUGGUUUUACGAAUAAGGGUGAAGUGGAUUUCACUCUGGAUACUGUCGAUGCUUCCUUCCGUUAUCCUAUGGACUUUAACUUCCACAUUCAAAAUUUCUCAACUAUUACGUACAACAAGGUCGUCAAGCCAAAUCAUGAAGCUACAGUUGCUUACUCUUUCAUCCCAUCAGAAGUGUUUGCUGGAAGACCUUUUGGGCUCAACAUUAAUCUUAAUUACAGAGAUGCUAAUGGCCUCUCUUUUACUGAUGCAGUUUACAAUGAAACUAUACAAAUAGUUGAAUUGGACGAAGGUCUGGAUGGUGAAACUGUGUUCCUGUACGUAUUCCUAGCUGCGUGUGCUAUCUUGACUCUAGUCGGUGGUCAGCAGUUGUUGUCUUCUUUUGGACGAAAAUCCCGGUUCUCCUCAUCUCGUAAGCCACCUGUAGAAAUGGGGACAUCCAAUCCAAACAAUGUUGAUUACGACUGGCUACCCAAAGACACUCUUAAUAGGCUAAGCAAAUCUCCAAGAACUCCAAAGCAGAGUCCGAGACAGCGAAAAGCUAAGCGGGCGGCAGGGUCCGAUGACUGAAUUAUGUUUAUUUAAUUUAUACUAGCUAUAUUUUGAAAUCGGUGAAGUUAAAUUGAAAAUUAAUUGUGUAGAUAUGUCAAGAUUCGAAACAACUUCUGUAUCAACAUUGUAUCAAGUCUUAAGAAGAAUCACUCAUCUUUUUUUCUUUUUUUUUUCCUCUGCUAUUUUUCUUUAUUCUCCUCUUUUGGUGAAGUGAUGUUUUACGCUUGUAGACAUUGAGAUUUGAAGUCUAGAGAAAAAACCAGUUUUAAUACAACUUUUCCUUAUAAAAUUCAAACCUUUCUAUUAUUUAUUUCACGUUAGUAUACUCAGACAAAUUAAUAAACCAGCUAUUGGUAAAUGCCUAGAUGUGGCAGCCGCAAUCGCCAAGCAUGGUUGGUCUUCAUUCUCUCGUUGAAAACAAAUAAUGAGUUAUAUACGUAUUCGAACAAAAAGAUAUAAAAACAUGCGAUAUUACGUACAGAUUAUAACUGAAAAAGUAGUGUUUGUUUUAUGAAUAACGUGAGUUACCCCAAGUGUGGAUGAAAGUGUUAUUUACCUCGCCUUUCAAUUAUUGAACGAAUAGAUGGAACAAAUGCAAUUGCUAUAACAUUCUACAUAAUUUGAGAACGUUUAAGGGCGAAAUAAACAUUUGUAAUGGGAAAAUACACUUAAUUUGGUGAGA